UUCAAAGCUCACCCACUUACUUCAGGAUUCUCUAGGAGGAGAUUCGAAGACCCUCAUGUUUGUACAAAUCAGUCCUAACGAGAAAGACAACAGCGAAACGCUAUGCUCACUGAAUUUUGCUAGUAGAGUUAGAGGGAUAGAGCUGGGGCCUGCAAAGAAGCAGCUAGACAAUACUGAACUCUUGAAAUACAAGCAAAUGGUUGAGAAAUGGAAGCAAGAUAUGAAAGUAAAAGACGAACAGAUGAGGAAAAUGGAGGAAACGAUGUUCGGUUUAGAAGCGAAGGUCAAGGAACGAGACAUUAAGAACAAAACUCUUCAAGAAAAGGUUAAAGAACUUGAAUUGCAACUGCUAGUAGAGAGGAAGCUGGCUCGUCAACAUGUAGACACCAAGAUUGCUGAGUAUCAGACGAAACAACAGAACGGAGAUGAAAACAUCCCAUCAAAGAGGCCACCACUUGCAACCAUACCGUUGGGAAGCAACAAGAGCUCAAAUGAAACCUCAACUUCGAAAGAAAUGGUGAAUCUAAACCGACCGCCACUCUCAGAGAGCACCACCACCAGCAAUGAUCUACCGCCUUUACCUAACGGUUGCGUCAAGUACAACGACCUCAUGGAGAAGGAGAACAACAAUCCAGAAAUGGCUGAGCGGUUGCAAAUAUCCAAGAGUACAGGGAGAUUCUCCGUUUGUCCAAAGCGUAUUCUACCACCUCCAGCUCCAAGAAGGAGCACUCUUGCCCCUAUGCCAUACUUUCCAAUCACAUCAACUUCGCCAUCAAGGCCUCAUGAAAAGAGCGGCACUAGCCAGGUGCUACGCAUCAGCCCCAAGUUGCGUAAAAGCAACGGGAAGAUGCUGAGCAGCAUACUGAGACGGAGCAUGCAAAAGAGAAUGCAUAUGAAACCUUACCAGAGACAGCAGCCGUUGAGAAGAGUUGGCAUUAAUGUAGGAAUGGAGAAAGUUAGGUUGUCUAUAGGAAGCAGAGGAAGGUUAGCUCACAGAGUUUUGCUAACCAAUGCUCGCAAGGCAGGUCUAAAGGAAACACCACUGAAACAGAUACAGAAGGAGAAAGAGAGAUGGAUCUGACCUUAGGACAUAACUUCUCAUCCAGUUAGAAUUAUUCGAGGAUGAUUGACACUUUAUCAUCCUCAUGUGUUGUUUGUGGAUUUGAUUUGAUCCUACUGUAUAGAUGUAUUUGAUUGGCCCUUGUGAGUACAUUGUAAAUGAUUUUAUUGGGAGUCUAGUUGGUUUUCAUUAA